AUGCAAGCUCCCAAACGGUCGCGCGGAUUCAAACGCAAGUGUUCCUCUGAUUUCGGUUUCGGAGCUGACGAAGAGUGUUUCACUGUAGACGUUGAUAAUGAAGAAGAGGAGGAAGAAGCCUUUGAUAUUGAGCAAGUAAACGUGGAGGUUUGCGACUUACCGAUGGGACUCAUUAUCAACAUAAGGCAGACUGCGGUAACCGAAUACGUUCAAGGUCUUCAACAAAAAGACUCAAGAAAACAACCGGCAAAUCCUACUCCCAAGUCGUCUUCAAAGCCGGCUCCCGACCCCACUAGGAUAGUGCCUAAGCCAGUGCCAAAGCCAGUGCCUAAGCCGGUGCCUAAGCCAGUGCCUAAGCCAGUGCCUAAGCCAGUGCCUAAGCCAGGCCGUAAGCCAGUGCCGAAGCCAGUGCCGAAGCCAGUGCCGAAGCCAGUGCCGAAGCCAGUGCCGAAGCCAGUGCCGAAGCCAGUGCCGAACCCAGUGCCGAAGCCAGUGCCGAAGCCAGUGCCGAACCCAGUGCCGAAGCCAGUGCCGAAGCCAGUGCCGAAGCCAGUGCCGAAGCCGACUCUCAAUCCCACACCUGCCACAACAAAAUCAUCUCCUGUUCCACCACUGUCGGACAUGAAACCUCCAAUAACUUCAAGACAGCCGCAGCAGGCCAACAGAGAUAUGGCACGUCCUAUCCAAAGCAACGAAAGCACGAAACCAGCCAGUGCUAGAAAAAAACCCGUCAUUAAACCAAGGGCUGUCCCCAAAUUUCAGCAGCCGGUGGUAGAGGGAGUUGCAGACGAACCUGGCGAUGAAACUGAGGACGGCGACAGUGAGCCGGAGGUAGAGGGAGUUGCAGACGUACCUGGCGAUGAAACUGAGGACGGCGACAGUGAGCCUGUGGUAGCCGCUAAACCUCCUAGAAAGGUGCACAAAACUACCGAUAAGGUAUCUUGGAAUCAGGUCUGGAGAAAUGUCUUGAGAUUUUACUGCUGUCUCUGCUACCCAUAAAAAUCUUGCUGCUACAACCCAGACAAAACCCCA